CAUGACACUCCUAAGCAGCCAGUGGUACGUUUUAAAAGGAAUAAACAUCAUAAAGGAUCCAUUUACUGUGUGGCCUGGAGCCCUUGUGGACAGUUAUUAGCAACAGGAUCAAAUGACAAAUACGUUAAAGUGCUGCCCUUCAAUGCAGAGACUUGUAAUGCAACAGUUUCAGGACCAGAUCUGGAGUUUAGUAUGCAUGAUGGGACAAUUAGAGACUUGGCCUUUAUGGAAGGCCCAGAAAGCGGUGGAGCUAUUUUUAUAAGUGCUGGAGCAGGGGAUUGUAACAUUUAUACAACAGAUUGUCAAAGAGGACAAGGCCUCCAUGCUUUGAGUGGACAUACUGGGCAUAUUUUAGCACUUUAUACCUGGAGUGGCUGGAUGAUUGCAUCUGGUUCCCAAGAUAAGACUGUUAGAUUCUGGGAUCUUCGAGUACCAAGCUGUGUUCGUGUUGUUGGCACAACAUUUCAUGGAACUGGCAGUGCCGUGGCAUCUGUAGCUGUAGAUCCCAGUGGCCGUCUUUUAGCCACAGGUCAAGAAGAUUCUAGCUGCAUGUUGGAUGACAUAAGAGGAGGAAGAAUGGUACAAAGUUAUCACCCUCAUUCCAGUGAUGUUCGCUCUGUUCGCUUCUCCCCUGGAGCUCACUACUUGCUAAUGGGCUCUUAUGAUAUGAAAAUAAAAGUGACAGACCUACAAGGGGACCUCACUAAGCAGCUUCCUAUCAUGGUGGUGGGGGAGCACAAGGACAAAGUGAUUCAGUGCAGAUGGCACACCCAAGAUCUUUCCUUCCUGUCGUCCUCUGCAGACAGAACUGUAACCCUCUGGACUUACAAUGGAUAGAGUACAACUCAUGUCAGUCUAUGCAGUGAAAGCACAGAGACUUAAGACUACUGACUUGUAAAAAUUACAAAUCUGAAGAACAUAGACUGUCCAGGAAAGUGGUUUAGCAUGAGGAGGCCCGCUUCUUCCCAUGUAUACUGUUGAGAGGUAUUGGGUGGUGUUAUUCUGCAGUGCUUUCAGUCUUCCUUGUGAGCUCGUGCUGCUGUGACCUGAUAUACGUAGUCUCGUUGCCAAAGUCUAUGCAAGAGCUCUUAUGUUGUUGGUGUGCACUCCAAGUUGAGGUGGAUGAUGUGUUUACGGUUUAGUAUUAAAUGCAUUCCUUGGUCUCUGCCUAAAUAACAGUUUUAUAUAAACAUUGAACUUCAACGAUAUUAUUACAUGUAAUGCAACCAGGUUCUAUCCAGAUUAAACAUAGGUGUUCAGAAAUUACUUUUACUCUUCUCACAAUCCCAUAUUGUUAUCACUUGUCUUCUAGAGGUCAGAAUUUUAUAUGCCACUCAAAAGUUACAUGGUUAUUUUCACUUGAGGAUCAUUAUGGAGUUUAAAGAUGAAUGGAAAACUGCUUCUUAGUUCAUUAAGGGUAUAGGCCUUUUCUUUUUUCUUAAACCCAGGGAUAUGAUUACUGUUUUGUCACACAAUUUUGUUUCAGGCUAAAAGGUAAAUGUGUUUGCUUCAGAAACUUGUUUUUCAAUUUUUUGAAUGCAACAAGAUACCUCCCUUCCAAACUGUACUGUAGAAGCAGAACUGCAGCAGUUAUGUGAUGCAACACUUGAUGGUACAGUAAAUUUAAUGUCUAGCAUUUUUCCUCUUAAAAAUUAAAAACUUUGUCAUAGACCAUAGCAUGGCUUGAAAUGCUAUGUCUGCAUGAUCAUUUAAAAUGGGAAAUUUAAACUUUGCACUCCGAAAGCUUAUUUGGGUUUUUUUUUUUUUUUGCACUGUUUUGUGUAAUGCAGAGUAAUGAUUUUAUUUCUAUGGCAUUGUAGAUCUUAACAUUUAUGUAUCUUUAUUUUCAUAUUGUACAGUAAUUUUACUUUAAAUUAUUAAAUAGGCUAUUUUAUUUAUUUCAAAUGCAGUUGUUUUGGUUCUAAUUGAACUGUCUGUGCACUGUAUGUAGCAAGCAUUUUCAAUCUAUUAUAUACAAGUAGAAAGGGUAUUAGAAGUGUAAUUGUGCUAUUAUUUCAAUAAAGACCUCUUGACACUUAAAA